AUGGCCCGUCAACGUUCCCGCGCUGCCCCCGCUCAGCAGACCCGCAAGGCUUCGACCAUGCCCGUCCGCCAGGCUCCUCCCCCCGCCCCCGUUCGCCAGGCCCCUCCCCAACAAAUGACCGCCCCUCCCGCACAGCCCUCGGCCAUGGGCCACCCUGCCCCCCAGCAGCCUGGCAUGUUCGCCCAGAUGGCUACCACCGCUGCCGGUGUUGCCGUCGGUUCCGCCGUCGGUCACACUCUCGGUGCCGGUCUCACCUCGAUGUUCAGCGGCUCCGGCUCAUCCGAGUCUGCCCCUGAGGCCCAGCAGCAGCAGCAGCAGGCCCCCCAGUACCAGCAGUACCAGCAGCAGCCCAUGUACCAAAACGCCGCCGUCCCCGCCUCCACCGGCGCCUCCUGCGAGACCGACGCCAAGGCCUUCACAAAGUGCCUCGAGACCAACGGCAACGACAUGUCUGCUUGCCAGUGGUACCUUGAGCAGCUCAAGGCCUGCCAGUCCAUGUCUGCCCAGUACUAA